UAUAUCUUUCACAACUUUGCAAAUUUAAUUUCUUCUGAUUAUUUCUUGACAGUCCCAGGCGUUGGUGGUAAACACCCGCUCUCCCCAGCAUGUUUCCCUGUGACAGCAGCUUUUUCUGGGAGGGUGCUAUCAACACUUGGCAGGGCCUCCUCCAGCUCCCAGUGUGUGUGCUUCUGAAAAGCAUUCAAGAAUGUGGGGCCUGCCCAGGGUGCUGGGGGGAGGCAGGGCUGGGCCUGAGGCUCUUUGUUCCCCAGCUGCCUGCUUGGCCUCGGAGCCUCAGAUGGCCCCUGGUAUGGAUGGUCCCAGGAGGUGAGGUGGAAGGUGUUGGGUGUCUGUGGCUCCUGAAGCCUCUGUGCCCUUGGCACAGCUCAGAGGCAGGCAAGGGAGAGCCCAUCUCCUGGGGGCAGCGGUGCCAGGCCCGUCUGUGGCUGGGAGACCAGUGGUGUCCCGGCCCUGCAGCUUCGGUGGCUCUGCGUCAUGCUGGUUUAAGUGUCCUGGGUCAGAGCCAGGAAAUAGAUCUGCCGUGGGGGGGUAGAGGUACCCUGGGCAGCCAGGGUGAACCCCGACCCUGUGCCCACCCGUGUGGGAGGCCUGGCCUCGUGUGCCUGGCCCCAGCCUGGCCUGGAUCUGACCGGCACGUACAGGAGGGGCUGAGUUUCCAAGCUGCUCCACGCUCCAGUUGCUGCGCCCGUUUCGCGCACCCCACCCCCACCUGUGACUGCCAUGUGAGACAGGCAAGGCUGUGGGCUCCAGGCUGGAGCUCUCUGCUGUUUCUCGCCGCUGCGUCUUUGCCCAGACCAGACCCCUUGCCUGGGAUGCCCUUCCCAGUGUGUCCUCUACAUCCAGGAGCUUACUGCUUCAGGGAGGGCUUCCCAGCAGCCCUCCUUCAGCUGGGGUGUCCCCUUUUCCUCUGAGCCCCCACUUUAUCCACCUCCAUCCCAGCUCAUCUCACAGUGUAAUAUCAUUGCGUGUUCCUGCCGAGGUCUCCCCGGUAGCCCGUGUAAGUGCCUUGAGUCUUUGAAAUCUUCACCCCUGACACAUAGUAGACGCUCAAUAAAACAGGCGAGAUUUCAUCAAAGGGAGUCCUGAAGGCCACACUGGAGUCUCCGUUUGUCAGCGAGGGAGUUUGCAAACGCAAGGCUGACCACCCCGCCGCCCGCGGCCGUUUCCAUUCCAGCCCUGGUGAAUGUCUUCCUCACCAGCAGAAGCUGGUUCCCUGGGUUGCCUGUGUGAUCGCUCUCCAGAAAACACCCGAGUGGAAACUGCAUGAAUGAUUGAUAAGAGCUGAGAGCUGUUUAAUUUUUUUCCCCCUGUUUAAUGGCUAUCAAUAAUUUAAUAUGCUCUCUGUAUGUUUUUAAGAAAUAGCACCCAGUUUGCCGUCUCCGGUUUAGCAGGCUAAAUGAUUUAAGUGUUGGAAAUGUGGCUCUGAGGGUGGAGGGUGAGCGAUUCAGAGAGAUCGGGGAGGCUGGGGUUGGGGAGGCAGGUUCAGAGCCAGCCAGUGGCAUCUUGGCCUGGGUGUGAGUGUGCGUGCGUGUGCGUGGGUGCCUGUGUGUGUGUGCGCGCGCGCACGCACGCAUGCACUCGUGAGGUGGUGGAGGGAGGCAGGAGGGAGGGAAGGGGUGGUAAAAGCCAGUGCCUCUCUGCUAAGAGCAAGAUAAUUGCUUUUCCGGGUCUCACUGAGCAGCAGCUGAACAGCUGUCAGCUUGCCCCCCACCCCCUGCCACUGCUGGGCUUUUCUGGAUGGCUCUGGGGGCCCAGGGGGCUAGAAAGGAGCUGCUGCUGAUACCACCACAGGCGAGAGCCCUCCCCUGCCCCCGACAUCUUUCUGAAGCUUUUCCAUAGUUUGUAUUUUCACAACGCUGUGUGGUUAGGCCGAUGCAAGAGCUGGUGACUUCCAGAUGGGGUGGGGUGUGGGGAGGGGGCCUCAGAGUCAGUCAUCUCUGGGCCCAGAGGGACCUGGAAGGUCAUCUGCCAGUGCUCCCCUAAACUUCCCAGAUGCCAAGAAUCACCUGGGAGUACUUGUUAAAAAUUUAAAUUUCUGGGCUGCAUUCCAGACCCACAGAAUUUGAUUGUCAGGGGAGAGGCCUGGGAAGCCGUGGAUUUAACAAGAGCCCAGGUGAUUCUUAGUCAUCAGAGGAGCUGGGGAAAUACAGAACCCAACCCCUUCUGAUGCUUACAGCACUCACAGCACCACCUGACUUGAAUACCUCUGGGGACAGGCCUCUCACCCCUCGUGGGGUAGCAUAUCCACCUGUGGAAAAUGUCCCCUGUUCCCAGGCUCUUUCGGUCAUGAGGCUGUGUGUGACCUACCCCACUGCCCUCAGUGCACAGAAUUACCUCUGCUACAGCAUAGGCUACCUCCCCUGGGGCCUGGGGCCUGGGGCCUGCGGCCUGCGGCCUGCCCCCUCCCCUCCUGGCCACCCUCCGGUCUGUCUGCCUCUCGACUGGGCAAGGAGCUUCGUUUCACAGCACGGUAGAUGGCAGCGGGCAUCAGCCAACUCUGGCGGCUUCAUCCCUGGCACAGUGGGAACUUGACGAGGCAGAGGGGAGAGGGGAAUGAUGGGCCCAGGCCUUCUGCAGGAGAGAAGAAUGUGACUCGUCGGAGACGGUUGAAUAAGCCGGAUCCCUUGAUGGCAGUGGGGGAACUGAGGCCCUAGGGCCCCCCAUCUCACACAGCCAUUUAGGAUGGCUCCGGAACUGCGAAGAUGGGGCAGGGGGCCCCAAGGGAGAGUCUAGGGCUGAGGGGGCGUUUGGGCUAAGGUCAGAGCCCCAGUUUGGGGGCCAGCUGAGCCCUCUCCCCAGUCACCUGACAGCAGGCAGCUUCUGCCAUCCCACCCCAGGAUGGAUGGAGGCGAGUCAGUACACUGAAGGGUUUCUCGCGGAUCCGAUGGCCCAUCUGUCUGGCAUUACAAUUCUUAACGUGCUUUGCCUGGCAGCUUGCAUUGUCUGGGCAGAGAUGCAGUGUCCUGCAGCUGCCAGGCUGGCUUGCUGUUUUAUCCUCACUGAUAAUGAAGAGGGGAGGGGCGGCGCAUAGUUCAUGGGUGUCACCUUCUACUGCACUACCUGGUUUCCCCUUAAAUCCUUCUCCCCUGUAGACUGUAUUCACCCCACAAAUUCUGCCUCGCCUGAGCCCUGGGAGAAGCUUUUGCUCUGGCAGGGCUGGCAUGUGACCCAUGUUAUGACUGCCAGCCCCCCAACAUCCCCCCAAGCCUACUCUGAUCAUCACCACGUCACUAUGAGGGUCUUGAUCCUGGGGGAGGAGGGAGAAGAGUUGUGGCCUCCCCUCAGCAUGAUCUCUGCUUGAAGAGCUCAGAGAGCUGGGGAGACAGGCAGGAAAGACUUUACCCCACCCUGGGGAAGACGCAGUCCCAGAAAGAGAGCUGUGUGCAUAAGGACGCAUAGGUAGGCCUGGGGAGAUCAGGAAGGGCUUCCUGGAGGAGGUGCUGCCUAACCUCAGGCUUGAAGCCCAGUGGGAAGGGGAAGAGCAUCUGGGUGCAGAGGUGAGUGUGCAGACAAGAGUGAGGAGGGACCUGCAGGGGAUAGGCUAGAGAGGCCAGCAGGCAGGCCAGGGCAGGCUGGACCUGAUACGGCCCGGGUGGAGAGCCCCAGUAGGGACUGUUUGUUUUUAACGUCUGUGGAAGUAUUACAUCCAUGCUGAAAAGCGUGCAUGUCCUAAGUGUGUGCCAUGAAAGGAACAUGCCUGUGUAACCACCGCACAGACCGGUUCCCCCAGAAGCCCCUAUGCGCCCCUUUCCCCCACAAUUCUAACAGUUUGUUAUCAGUUAUCUACUGUUCCCUAACAAAGCACCGCAAAACUCAGGGGCCUAAAACAACUAGCAUUUGUUCCUCUGGCUGCACUUGGGCUCAUGGGGCUUCAGUCACCUGGAGGGCUGGCUGGACUGGAAGGUCCAAGAUGGCCUGACCCACACCUGGAAGUUGGUGCUGGCUGUGGGCUGGGCAGCCUCAGCUCUCCAUGUGGCUGCUGUCCUCCUGUCAGAGAGACCAGCUUCCUUCCAUGAUGGGGCAGCAUUCUAAGAUGGUACCCCCUCCUCAAGCCUCGUCUAUAACUCACAAAAUGACAUUUUCACCAUAUUCCGUCGGAUAAAACAAGUCACAAAUCCAGCCCAAGUUCAGGGGUGGGGAAGUAGACGCCACCUUCUGAUGGGAGGAGAUACAAAGAAUCUGUGGCCAUGUUUAGUCCACCCCAAGCGUAGAGUUAUUUUGUCUGUUCUGGAACGUUUUAUAAAGGGAUCCCUUAAGUGUGUUCUCUAUCGUGUCUGGCAUUUUUGGUCAGCAAUAUGUUUUAAGAUUUAUCCGUGUUGUUGCAUAUGGUUUCAGAUCGCUCGUGCUCAUUGCUGUGUGGUAUUCCAUUGUGUGGAUAUACCAGUUUGUCCAUUCCAUAGCUGAUGACCAUGUGGGAAGUUUUCACUUUCUGGCUAUUGUGAAUAGUGCUGCUGUGAACAUUUUGGUACAUGACUCUUGGUGAACAUACGCACACAUCUCUGUGGAAGUGGAACUGCUGGGUGAUGGGAUAAGGUAGUAGAAACUUCCAAACUGUUUUCCAGAGUGGUGGUACCAGUGUUUACCCCACCAGCAGUGUUUGGGAGGCCUGGAAGUGUUCUGUGGAGGGGAGUGAGGUGGUCAGUGCUUUUAGAAAGACCAUCCAGGUAAAGAUGGGCUGGAAAGGUGUCUCAGACCCUGGCCGGCAGUGGAGAACUGGAAGGGGCUCCCUGUAAUGUCCCGUCACUGGCUGCCCCCCAGCCUUGGACCUCCAGGCUCGGGGAAGUAGGACCAUCAUACUGGAUGGCUGUGUUCUGGGUGUGGCUUCUCCUGCAGCACAUUCUCCAGUUCCAGGGCCCUCCGCUGCCCUGUCUCCUUUACCAACAAGUGGCCUCUCAUGGCUGGCCCAAUACCUCCACAGCCAGGGCUGCUGGUGCCUGUGUGAGCCCCACCUGACACUGAGGACACAGAGCUAGGGGGAGACUGCCAUGGCAACCUCCCUCUGUGACAGCUCCUGCAACGGGCAAGGCCAGGGGAUGUGGAUUCUAGUUCCGGCCCUUUCUCUCUCUUGCUGUGGAACCAUGGGAAAACCUUCCUCCUGUCAGGGCCUCAGUUUCCUCAUUUGUAAGACGACAGAUCCCUGAGAAAAUCAUCAGCCUCAUUAAGUCUCUUCCCUCGCAGCAACCUGAACCUCGUAUUCCAGAAUCUAACAUGGGGGAGGGAGCGGGGAGGCCCCCGGAAAUCUCCCUGGACUUCCUGGCUGCAAGGCACAGGUUAUUUGGCCAAUUUUGUUCAGUUGUCCACGGACCACCUUCAUCACACUCAUUCAUCCAUUCACUCAUUUAUUCAUUAAGUCAUUCAUUCAUUCAUUCAUCAAGUGGUCUCCGUGGCCUGUGCUAAGCUCACAGAACAGAGGUAAACUAGACCUCGUUCCCGCUGUCCAGGAUCGUUGGCCCAGGGUCCACUGAGGGGAUGAAGGAGGGUAGGCUGAAGAGGGUGCCACGGAAGCCUUUGAGCAGAGUCAAGGAGGCCAGUAGGGUGUUGAAACACAGAGAAGUUGGGGGAAAGGCGCUCCUGGUAGGGUGCCUGGCGUGUGCUGCGGCUGGGGUGUCUGGAGGCCUGGCUGACCACAGCAGAGGGUGUCAGCACGGCCACUGCUGUGGAACGGGGAGCUAAGGAGGGGCUGACAACAGUGCUUCUCUGGUUUUGGACCUCAAAUAUGAGUUUCAGAUGAGCCAUAUUGGGCGGCAUGGCAGGCAGUUUCUUGGGUGGCUUUUCUGAGGUGGCCCGCUCCACCCUCCAGGAGGUGAACUAGGGUCCUGGGUGGAUGGGGGCUGAGGUUGGUAGAGCGGGGGAUGGUUGGUGGUGGGGGCCACCCGAGGGUUAGGACUGGAAGCUCACUGCGCCCUCUCAUCUCUUCUUCAGGACUCAGCGGCUGUGCUGGGGCCACCUCCUCCUUCCCACCCCCAGCCUCCUCUUCCUGAAGCUCUCAGAAGCCUCAACUCCCGGUCCUUUGGCAGAGCCUUUACGCAGAGCGGGAGACCCACUGGCGUCAGACCGAUGCUGCGAGGGCUGUGAGCAGAGGGAGCCACCGUCCAUCCCUGAGCUGCCAGAUCCAGAAAGGAGGAUGGAGCUGGUGUGAGGCAGAGGGGCCACGAGCUGCUGACCGGCUGCAUUGGACACUGGUGAUUGCUGGAUCACUGAGGUAGGCUGGACACCGUUCAUGGCUCUCGGGUAGAGCCCAGUGAAACGGCCAGAAUGAAUUCUAUGGACAGGCACAUCCAGCAGACCAAUGACCGGCUGCAGUGCAUCAAGCAGCACUUACAGAAUCCCGCCAACUUCCACAAUGCCGCCACUGAGCUGCUGGACUGGUGUGGGGACCCACGAGCCUUCCAGCGGCCCUUCGAGCAGAGCCUGAUGGGCUGUCUCACGGUUGUCAGCCGGGUGGCAGCCCAGCAAGGGUUCGACCUGGACCUGGGCUACAGACUGCUGGCUGUGUGUGCCGCAAACCGAGACAAGUUCACUCCGAAGUCUGCCGCCCUCCUGUCCUCCUGGUGUGAGGAGCUCGGCCGCCUGCUGCUCCUCCGACAUCAGAAGAGCCGUCAGAACGACCCCCCUGGGAAACUCCCCAUGCAGCCCCCCCUCAACUCCAUGAGCUCCAUGAAACCCACUCUGUCGCACAGUGAUGGGUCGUUUCCCUAUGACUCUGUCCCUUGGCAGCAGAAUACCAACCAGCCUCCCGGCUCCCUCUCUGUGGUCACCACAGUUUGGGGAGUGACCAAUACGUCCCAGAGCCAGGUCCUCGGGAACCCCAUGGCCAAUGCCAACAAUCCCAUGAAUCCAGGCGGCAAUCCCAUGGCGUCAGGCAUGACCACCAGCAACCCCGGCCUCAACUCCCCGCAGUUUGCUGGGCAGCAGCAGCAGUUCUCAGCCAAGGCUGGCCCUACUCAGCCCUACCUCCAGCAGAGCAUGUACGGGCGGCCCAAUUACCCCGGCAGCGGGGGCUUCGGGGCCAGCUACCCUGGGGGCCCCAACGCCCCGGCAGGCAUGGGCAUCCCUCCGCACACCAGGCCGCCCGCCGACUUCACUCAGCCGGCGGCUGCUGCAGCAGCGGCGGCAGUGGCAGCCGCAGCGGCCACGGCCACGGCCACGGCCACAGCCACGGUGGCAGCCCUGCAAGAAACCCAGAACAAGGAUAUAAACCAGUAUGGACCGGUCUGUUCCUCUUUCCAGAUGGGUCCCACCCAGGCGUAUAACAGCCAAUUCAUGAACCAGCCCGGGCCACGGGGGCCUGCCUCCAUGGGGGGCAGCAUGAACCCCGCCAGCAUGGCAGCUGGCAUGACGCCCUCGGGGAUGAGCGGCCCUCCCAUGGGCAUGAACCAGCCCCGGCCGCCCGGCAUCAGCCCCUUUGGCACGCAUGGGCAACGGAUGCCCCAGCAGACGUACCCGGGCCCGCGGCCCCAGUCCCUUCCCAUCCAGAGCAUAAAGAGACCGUACCCGGGAGAGCCCAACUAUGGAAACCAGCAAUAUGGACCAAACAGCCAGUUCCCCACCCAGCCAGGCCAGUACCCCACCCCCAACCCACCGCGGCCACUCACCUCUCCCAACUACCCCGGGCAAAGGGUGCCAAGCCAGCCGAGCACCGGGCAGUACCCGCCCCCCACGGUCAACAUGGGGCAGUAUUACAAGCCAGAACAGUUUAAUGGACAAAAUAACACCUUCUCGGGAACCAGCUACAGUAACUACAGCCAAGGGACUGUUAACAGGCCUCCCAGGCCGGUUCCUGUGGCAAAUUACCCCCACUCGCCUGUUCCAGGGAACCCCACGCCCCCCAUGACCCCCGGAAGCAGUAUCCCCCCAUACCUGUCCCCCAGUCAAGACGUUAAACCGCCCUUCCCUCCCGACAUCAAGCCAAAUAUGAGCGCUCUGCCGCCGCCCCCAGCCAACCACAACGACGAGCUGCGGCUCACGUUCCCCGUGCGGGAUGGUGUGGUGCUGGAGCCCUUCCGCCUGGAGCACAACCUGGCCGUCAGCAACCACGUCUUUCACCUGCGGCCCACGGUCCACCAGACGCUGAUGUGGAGGUCUGACUUGGAACUGCAGUUCAAGUGCUACCACCACGAGGACCGGCAGAUGAACACCAACUGGCCAGCCUCGGUGCAGGUCAGCGUGAACGCCACCCCCCUCACCAUCGAGCGUGGCGACAACAAGACCUCCCACAAGCCUCUGCACCUCAAGCACGUGUGCCAGCCGGGCCGGAACACCAUACAGAUCACCGUCACAGCCUGCUGCUGCUCCCACCUGUUUGUGCUGCAGCUGGUCCACCGGCCUUCCGUCCGCUCUGUGCUACAAGGCCUCCUCAAGAAGCGCCUCCUGCCAGCCGAGCACUGCAUCACGAAAAUCAAGCGGAAUUUCAGCAGCGUGGCGGCCUCGUCGGGCAAUACAACCCUCAACGGGGAGGAUGGCGUGGAGCAGACAGCCAUCAAGGUGUCCCUGAAGUGCCCCAUCACAUUCCGGCGCAUCCAGCUGCCCGCCCGAGGCCACGACUGCAAGCACGUCCAGUGCUUUGACCUGGAGUCAUACCUGCAGCUGAAUUGCGAGAGAGGGACCUGGAGGUGUCCUGUGUGCAAUAAAACUGCUCUGCUCGAGGGCCUGGAGGUGGAUCAGUACAUGUGGGGGAUCCUGAAUGCCAUCCAACACUCCGAGUUUGAAGAGGUCACCAUCGACCCCACGUGCAGCUGGCGGCCAGUGCCUAUCAAGUCAGACCUGCACAUCAAGGAUGACCCCGACGGCAUCCCCUCUAAGCGGUUCAAGACCAUGAGCCCCAGCCAGAUGACCAUGCCCAACGUCAUGGAGAUGAUCGCGGCCCUGGGUCCCGGCCCAUCCCCCUACCCGCUUCCGCCUCCACCCGGGGGCACCAACUCCAAUGACUACAGCAGCCAGGGCAACAACUACCAGGGCCACGGCAACUUUGACUUCCCCCACGGGAACCCUGGUGGGACGUCCAUGAAUGACUUCAUGCACGGGCCCCCCCAGCUCUCCCACCCCCCGGACAUGCCCAACAACAUGGCCGCCCUUGAGAAGCCCCUCAGCCACCCCAUGCAGGAAACUAUCCCCCACGCUGGCAGCUCUGACCAGCCCCAUACCUCCAUACAGCAAGGCUUGCACGUACCACACCCCAGCAGCCAGGCAGGGCCUCCAUUACAUCACAGCGGGGCUCCUCCUCCUCCUCCUCCUUCCCAGCCACCCCGGCAACCGCCACAGGCCGCUCCCAGCAACCAUCCACACAGCGACCUGACCUUUAACCCCUCCUCAGCCUUAGAGGGUCAGGCCGGAGCGCAGGGAGCGUCCGACAUGCCGGAGCCUUCGCUGGAUCUCCUUCCAGAGCUCACAAAUCCUGACGAGCUCCUGUCGUACCUGGACCCCCCUGACCUGCCGAGCAAUAGUAACGACGACCUCCUGUCUCUCUUUGAGAACAACUGAAGGCCACACCUGUCGGGCCAGCCCUCCACUCUGCCUCCUCCCCAUCUGCCCACACACCUUCCACCUGGGAGCCAAGCCCUCACACCACCCCUGCCACAACCACGGGUUCCGGGGGUGGGAGCCCUUCCCUGCUGCCCUUUGCAGAGCGGAGGGGCUGGGGAGCGGGCACACCGGGAAGCCUGUGCAGGUCUGGGGCCCAUCCCACCUGUUGCCCUAGGCUCGACCCAUGCCCGGAGCAGGCCCCAAGGAAGACCCUGUGAUGGAGAAGGGCCCAGUUAGAGGAACACGGUGAAGCCGGCUUCCUGGCCCCUCUGUGCCGAUUCCAAACAGCCUUCCAGCGCCCCAGGCUCCUUCACUCUGCACUGUAACCCUGCCUCCCUGCUGCCUGGCCCUGAGCCUCCUGAAGUGACUGUGAGGCCUGUGAGAAGGCCUCCAAGGUCCAGGGCACCCUGACCCUGGAGGAGCAGUGACAAUUGGUGGCAGUGAGAAUAGCCCAUACACCACCGAAAAGCACAAACCUCUGGGAAAGAGAAUAUCUCUCGGGCUGGGGGCUGCCACUUGGACCCCCAAGCUCUAAGCCAGUUCACCCUGUAAACACACUAGCUCAGAAAGCAGAAAAGAGACAAGAUUCUGUGGUUGAGAGAGUGUGCAGUUCCUGCUCAGGACUGGUGGGCAAGAGCGCUCCAAGACCACCGGACACAGGCCAGGGCCCAGCCUUGCGGGCAGAGAGGGAGCUCAACCAAAAGGAUCGUGCCCUUGGCUGGGGGUAGGAGUGGAAUGUGUGUGCCAGAGGCAAAGAAGUGCUCCAAGCCACUCUUUUUUUAAAACAACACACAUUCAAGGUUAUUCAGUCAUCUGGAGAAAGGCAUGUUGGACUUGGCCAGAAAGCAAACCGUUUCCGUGUGUUCUCUGUCCUUCUUCCUGCUCCCCACCCACCUCUCACAGACUGUUACAUGGGAUGCCCAUUGCCCUCCAUCCUGGUUCACAGGUGUCCAACCAGACGGCAAGAUGGGGGCCCCAGAAAGGCAGGAGAGGUGUGGGUCCGGUGGAUGCGUGGACUCAGCAGCCAGAAUCCAGGGCCAGCAUCAUGGAUCCCACUAGCCUUUCUGUUUGUCUGUCCCUGUGUUCAAGGCUGGCCCCAGCCCAGCCUACUCCACGUGGGCAGGGAUGGACCCCCAUGCAUCACAGGGUAUUUCUGGGGCUGCCACCAUGGCCACACCCAGCUGCCAGCCUCUCGUCCCCUCUGUGUCCCUCUCACCACAAGCUCAUACCACUGCUGCUCGCACAUGCAGAGCAGCCUUAUGUCUGUCCACGCCUCCAUCCAGCUGCAUGCUCUCCGGCCGGCCAGCCUGCCGUGUGUCCAUUCUGUCCCAGGCUCGUCCAAGGUCCUGGGCCACGUGGCCUGUGGUGAUGAUGGGCCGUCCUGUCAUUUGGGUCGUGUCUGUAAAGUCUUUGCGUCCUUCCCUGCUGCUGCCUGGGGCCCCUUACCCUUACCUGUCUGUGGUCUCUCUCGUCUCUCCCCAUAUCCCUCUCGGUGGUGGGUGGCCCCCUGCACUCCACUGUGGACUUGACCGAAAAGGUGGGCCCAAUUGUUGACUUCUAGUCACUGUCCCAGAUGGCACAAGGUUUUCUGUAGCAAAGCUGCCAUUGCUCCCCUUUCUUUUCAUUGUCUCGUUGUUAAGGUUUUUCGAACAGCGUGUUCAGUAUGCAAAUCAAUUAUUUUAAGAAUCGCUUUUGUAAAUACCUUUGUGAAUAUUUUAGUAUCGUCUUUGAUAAUACUCAACAUUUCAUGACCUGGUUAUAGCCUUUGCUGGUGUUUCUAAAAUGCCUUGACUCAACAACAAAGACCGAGUCCUUUAAAAAAAAAAAAAAAGCAAUCAGGGGUAUUUGUAGUUAGAAGAAUGAAGAGAAGGGGUAGCUGUACUUGGAGUUGGAAGACCAGCAGCCCACUGUGGAGAUCCAGCCCCCAGUCGCUGAUGGGGACAAAGCAGUGCCAGGUGGUAUGUGGCCAUCCUUGCCCAGUGCCCAUUGGCCCCGGGAGGGCUGGCAGCUGGCCACACUCUGUGCCAACAGCUCCAGCCAGACUUACAGACGCCUUUCUAAGAAGUUCCCACUCCCUUCCCUGGUACUUUGCCCUGGGAAGUCUGGAGCCUGUUUUAGUUCCUACCAGGGUGUCUCCAGACUGCUCACUGACCUUUCCACAGUUUUCUAGUGUGGGGGGCGGUGAUGCUGCAUACAUCUCGGGCCCAGGAGGCACCUCGCGCCACCUCUCCUGAGGCAGUGUGAGCUCAGCUCCUGAGGCUGCUCCCUGGCCCCCUCCCAAGUAAGCCUCCACCAGCAAGUUCCACAAAGAACUUUCCUACCGGCCAGCUCUGACCCCAGGUGCCUACAGCCCACGCUCUGGAGAUGGCCUCUUCCUUUUGGAGCGGGGUCAGGGGUGUGAGGGAGGCAUACAGGCAUCCCAGGCUGGGAAAACAUCCCUAAGCAGGGGAGGUUCUGAACUCCGGGGAGCUCUUUCCCUGAUUGUUUUUGGACGAUUAUAGGAGCCAUAAGUAACCUCAGCAAAAACGAGGCCUCAGCAAGCCACUUUUCCAUGACAAGCGUCAACCCAGCCAUAGGCACAUUUCAGCUGCCACUCCAUAAGCAGACGGGGGCGGGGGUGGCAGGCGGGUGGGCAGGUCCAGGUACAGGCAUUCGCCCCCAUCUUGGUUUGAAGCUUUACCUGCGUAUCAUGUUCUCUGUAGCCUUUUUAUUUUUAAGAAAUUUCUGGUAGUUUCUCCCUCCUGGAAGCCCAAGCCCCCCGAGAGAGCUACUCGUCGGCUCCCUAUGGGCCUCCACCCUGACCCAUCCAAACAUGGCAGUGUCAGCAGCAGCAACUCAAGGGACGUGUGUACAUAUGUAAAUGAGAAAUAGAGACAUGUUAACAGAUGCGUUCAUGUCCCUCGGAAUGUGUAUUGUUUUUAUUUUACAAAAUGCAAAAAAAAAAAAAAAAGGCUUGGAACUCCAUCUUACGUGGAAAAAACUAGAUCGUUUGUUAGCAUUUGUGAGGUCUGCGUUUGUCUCACUAUGUAAUAUACUCUGAGCCUGUGUGGAAAGGAAUUUUUGUUCUGUUUUGUUUUUAUUUUACCUACAUGUAAUAUUUAGCUUCAGUGUACUAGUCCUGCCACCUGUGUAUUCUUAGGGUGCUAUGGGGGAAAAAAAAUGAAAAGAACGGGGAUUUCAAGAGAAAAUUGUAACCAAAUUCAUACUUUGUAUAAUUUUGAUAUCAUGAUCACAGGUGAUUGACAGCCACACAUCAACACCCCCACAAGUACAGUCUGAAGUGACCCCCCCCAGAAACCACCAUUGUCCUUGUACAUCGUACGUACAAUGCAAUCAUUUCAUACCUUCAACUGGUCAGAAAACUAAUUGUGAUUUCUAGUCUUGCAAAGCUGUAUGUAGUUAGAUGUGACGACCUCUAAUAUUUAUCUAAUAAAUAUGUAUUCAGAUGAAACCUGUAUAUUAGGUGUUCAUGUGGUUAUUUUGUAUUUAAAGAUCAAAUUAUUUGACUAUUGCUAGACAUUUCUAUACUCUGUUGUAACACCGAGGUAUCUCAUUUGCCCAUGUUAAUUUUUUUCUAAAUAAAUUUACAAAAACGAA